UUGCAAGUAGCCGAUUUAGUGCCGUUGCCUGGGUUGACACCGGACAAAAAUAAGCUGCUCUUCUACCGCCUAACCGACUAUGAGGCCGAUAAGUUCAAUUUUACGGCCAGUAUCAAAGUGUUCUUCAUGAUGGCGGAUCUGCGCUUUGUCGUACCCGAUGAGGCGGGCAUGUGCGACGGUGAGGUACCCAUUUUCGACAUGGCUGGCUACAGCUUACGGCAUGUGGCGCGCACGGUCUUCAGUUCGCUUCGCGUUUAUAUGAAGUUCGUGCAAGAGGCACAUCCGGUGCGCUUGAAGGCCAUACACGUGCUCAACUGCCCCUCCUAUCUGGAUAAGGUGCUGACUGUGGUGAAGCCGUUCAUUAAAAGUGAGGUUUUUAAAUUGAUCAAUUUCCAUCUACCCAAUGCCGAUACACCGUACAAUUACUUCCCGCGUGAAAUGCUACCGGAGGAAUAUGGCGGAGCAGCGGGAAAAAUGGCUGACUUGAAAGAAAAAUGGGUUAAAUUGCUGAUAGAGAAAAGAGAUUACUUGAUGAACCCCGAUGCGUGGAAGAUCGACAAAAGCAAGAAACUAAAAGCUGCAACAAUAACAGAAACCAACCGAGAGCCGGAUAAAAUUUGCCAGAGUUUGAAAACAUUGGAAAUCGAUUAAAGAAAUAGUUAUCAAUGUAAAUACGUCUAUCGAUAUGUAAACAUAUGCGCAUGUAAAGAAUAAAAAAAAAA